AUGUUAGAUGCCUAUCCUCUACCAAAUAUAAAUGACCUAGUUUCCAAAGUAGCCCAAUAUAGUAUAUAUAGUACUAUAGAUUUACAUAAUGCAUACCAUCAAAUACCGAUCCACGAGGAGGAAAGAGAUUAUACAGCUUUUGAGGCGGCUGGUCGCCUUUAUCAUUUUUGGAAAAUCCCUUUUGGCGUGACAAAUGGAGUGGCCUGUUUCCAAAGAGUGAUGGAUAAAAUAAUAUUAAAUGAGAACCUAAAUGGAGUAAACGCUUAUUUGGACGAUAUAACAAUAUGUGGAAAAAAUCAGUCUGAGCAUGACCUGAACCUGAAUAAAUUUCUCAAUGCAAUGAAAAAUUAUGGACUCAUACUAAAUGAAAAUAAAUGUCAGUAUUCUACGCAAACAAUUACACUUCUUGGACACCAGAUCACGAAUAAAAGUGUAAGUCCAGACCCAGAUUGA